AAUUCCGUGUUGUAGAUAAAUAAAUACGCACACGAAAGCUGAUUGUGCUGAACUUUUUGGAAACAGAACUUGUCCGGUCGCAAUUAUCGGUCCCUCGCGCGUGUUGAUGGCUGCAGCAAUGGCCAAAACAGACGGAAAACAGCAGCACCCGUCGAGCAGCGGUUCAGUGUGUCGCGUAGCGUAGUACGGAGGUGCACAAAUUCCACCGUUUCCGUGGUGCGAAACAAAGAAACGAUCACCACCAAUCCAAUCGACAGUGCGGGGACACGGCGCGUUCGGAAGGUGCGCUGUUUUUAUUGCGGCAGGCGCGAAGUGGGUGGGAGGUGAGCGUAUCAAACGAAGAAUAAGAAGAAGGCGAAGACGGCGAGGAAAAAGUACACAAUCAUAGAAACUACGAGAUAGAGCGGCUGCUGCUAAUGUUUGCUGUUGGUGUUGCUGCUGCUGCUGCCUUAAGGUUACCGUAACCAGUUUAUACGCUCAUGCAGAUCUAUUCGCGACCCCGUCCGCGGCUGUCUCUGUUGUGUGUUUCUGUGAGCGUGCGUGUGUGUACCCCACCGAUGUUUGUAGCGUGUUUUUCCGCUGGUCCACCACACACAAAUGGCUCAGUAUGAGCGAAACGUAGGCUCUGGCUCUAUCCGCCUAUUUGUCCAGAAUCGGCACAAAACGCCGGGAAUGCAGUGAGCCUGAUGUGGUGGUAGAGAAAAUCCUAGUGUCCCGAGUGUCCUUACAGUGCAGCUGUGUGUUUGUAUGCUGAGUGUUUAAAGAGCUUUAACAGUGUUUAAGGAAUAUCGUUUUUGUGAUUGCGAUGCGAUUCAACAUCAUGGAAGUGUGUAGUAUUUCGCCAGGUCGUAUCGAACAUCGAGGAAGGCAUUUCGCGCUAUCUCUUGGUGGCCAGCAGGCAAAGCAAACAUAGCAGUGCCUGCGACACGCUUACGAAUAUCAAUAUUUACUUCCUGGCUGGUAAUCCUGCCUGAAAACUACUUUAAAUCGCUAAAGAAACGGGCGCGCGCGCUCGCUUGUGUGUGUGAGUGUUUGUGCGCGGCUCAUUCGCGAAGGAAAAGAGUUAUUCCGUGGUCGCGCACCACUACCCAACAACCAUCAAACAAUUCCACCGUUUCACAUUAUCAACAACUACUACUGGUGUGACGAUUUCUGCUGCUGCUGCUGCUGCUGCAGCUGCUGUUGGUGUGGUUCCGCUGAUAGGGGCGAAUCAACCAGGCAGGCGACGACGACAACGGUAGCCGAAGCAACGCACACGGAAAGCAAAAAAAAAAACCAGUACAACACACCACCACACCACAAACACACACGCACACACACCUAGCUAUCCGUGUUGGGCCGGAGAAGUUGUGUUGUGAAGACGAGCCGGAUCGGACCCCCGAACACAUGAAACCACGGAAAGAAGAGUAACCAACGCUAAUCAAACUCAAAUGCACACCACUAGGACAUGAGUAAAUAAGCGUCGGAGAUUCCAUGUCGGACGACUGUAGUAGCGUUGAAAACUGGCAGCGCACGGCACGAGAUUGACCAACGGCAGGACGUGUCGUAAUUUUAUCAUUGGAAGCAAAAGAAAGGAACCUUAGGAGGACGUACCUGGCGUACCGAGACGCCAGAGUUGUCAGACACACACACCCGGUGUGGGAGGCGAGAGAAGUCUGUCGGGUGUGUGUGUGUGGUCUGGCCAGUUGCCGGAAUGAACGAGUCGAGCCGCCGCAGCCUCGUACCCGUUGUAGGUGUUGAUACACGUGGGCAUACUGGUGCAACAUUGGCGUCUUCGGUUGGUUCGAGUGCGAGUGCUGCUACUGUUGCGAGCAUUAAAAAUGGUACCGAUGCAAUGCUGAUCCAGGGUGACACGAGUGCCACGGGCGGUGGGGCCGGUUCGAUUGCCGCUGGCUACGAUUCGGACGGUGAAGACCCGUCGACCGGCAGCACCACCAACACGGAUGAUACACGGAAGGAUACGAGCACGAAUUUGAAAGACCUGCACGAUAAUAGCUCUUCCAGAAAUGGACGCGAGGCGCGAAACCGGGCCGAGAAGAACCGGCGGGACAAGCUUAAUGGAUCGAUACAGGAACUGUCGGCCAUGGUACCGCACGUCGCGGAAUCUCCCCGGCGGGUGGACAAAACGGCCGUUCUACGCUUUUCGGCCCACGGUUUGCGGGUAGACUAUGUGUUCGGCAAAUCGAAACCGGAUGAAACGGUCAAACCGGAAGCCCAGGACUCGCUGUUUCGUAUGCUGAACGGUUUCCUGAUCACGGUCACCUGCCGAGGACAGAUCGUGCUCGUCUCCCCGUCCGUGGAACAAUUUUUGGGCCAUUGUCAGACUGAUCUUUACGGACAAAACCUAUUCAACUUAACCCACCCGGAUGACCAUGCGUUGCUCAAACAGCAGCUGAUACCGUCGAAUUUGGUCAACAUGUUUGACGGUGGCCCAGGAACAAGUGGUGGCGGCAGCAGUGGCUGUGGCCCACCGGCCCUACUCAGUCCAACGGAAGGGACGAGCUCGAACGGCACAGAUAGCGGUCCUGAGUUCCUGAGAUCUCACGACGAGGAUGAGGAGAUUGAUAAGAAGUUGCGCCAGGAUCAUCGGCGGUUCUCCAUCAGGAUGGCCCGUGCUGGACCACGAUCCGAGGCAACAACGUACGAGCUUGUUACGAUCGACGGAAGCUUUCGGCGGGCGGACUCCGCACCCCGAGGAACGUCGAAAGCGGGUGGGUCGUCCGGUAUGCAGAUGAUACGACGAGCCCGGGGUCGUGACGAUGCUAUACCGCUACAUAGCAUCAACGGGAAUGAUAUCGUUCUAAUUGGUUUAGCACGAGUGAUGAAGGUGCCAUCUAUCUGUGAUCGGUUGAUUGAGGCUUGCAAAUAUGAGUACAAAACACGCCACCUGAUCGACGGGCGAAUAGUGCAAUGCGAUCAGCGCAUAUCGAUAGUGGCCGGCUAUCUGACCGACGAAGUGUCCGGCCUGUCCCCGUUCACCUUUAUGCAUCGGGAUGACGUCCGUUGGGUGAUAGUAGCGUUACGGCAAAUGUAUGACUAUAAUCAAAAUGGUGAAUCGUGCUACCGGCUGAUGUCGCGCACCGGCGACUUUAUCUAUCUGAAAACGCGUGGUUAUCUGGAGGUGGAUAACGAUACCAAAGUGGUGCAGUCGUUCGUCUGCAUCAACACGCUCGUUUCGGAGGAGGAAGGUCAGCGGUUGGUGCGCGAAAUGAAGCGCAAGUUUUCCGUCAUCGUGGACAAGGUCGAGCUGCCGGACGAGAGCGGCGAGCCGGUGGUGGAAAACCCGAAACAGAUCGAAGAAGCCGUCCUGAAUCUGAUCACCAACCUGCAGCCGGACAGUGAGGAUAAGCUGCUGAACACGAUGCCGGCCUCACCGGCCAGCAGCAUCAAGUCCGGCUACGGCGAGGGUGCUCCGUUGGCGAUCGUGGCCCCGGAGAAGAACUCCGUCAAAUCGGCGAUCGUGAAGAGCAUGAACGUGGUGUCGAUCGCGGCGAAAACGAUGCGCGAAACGCGCUGCUCGUCGAUGUCGGGCGAAUGGUCCCCGCUGAACGGUGAUCAGCAGAACAGCAAUGGAAGCAGCAGCACCAGCACUGGUCUCGGAAGUCCUUCUGCUUCGUCGGCGGAUAGGGGUGGAUCGUCGCUGGAAGCUAUCGCAUCGCCUCCACCGCCAUCCGUGUCGCCCUCGGCAAGCGUACCGUCGGCACUGGCGCAACGGCCAACGGUUUUGCAGAAAACCGAUCCAUCCUCGUCCCAGCUGCUGUCGGAGGAUGCUGCCGUCGGUGCUAACGUGGAGCAGCGUGUUCCACCGCUGCCAAGCUCGGAACAUUACUUCACGCAACCGUUUUCGCCGUCGGGCAGUGGUGGGACGGUGCCGGUGUCGCUACUCUCACCCGCCUCGUCCCACUACAGCCAGCGAAGCAGCAGAAGUCCGUACGGUGCUUUUGGCAGUGGAAUCUCUUCCCCGACGGCGACGGUCCAUUCCGGAGGUUCGUUCAAUCGCACGACGACCGUGCUGAAGCGAACGUACAGCAACAGCAGCAUCAGCAGUCUGAACUCGCUGGACAACUUUGGCGAUGGUGAGGUCGGUAUGGGCGACAGUAAGCGGGCCAGAAUGAACCUGUCCAACAGUGAGCUGGCGAGCUGCUUUAGCGAUCUUAUCAAUCCCGGCACUGACCUUACUGCGUUGCUACCAAACUCAUUCGACGCACUCGACCAAUCGCUGCUGACGAUGGAAACGACAACGACCAUAAUACGCGACCGGGUGAGCAACUACUCAAAUCUACACGAAUCGCAGGACCGCUUGGAAAGGAUAGUGGAAGAACAUCAAGAGCAGCGAGAAAUGCUACAGUCAAUUCAGGAGGAGUACCAACUGCAGAUGCAGUCCAACGGGACAGGUGAUGCAAUAGGACCGGCCGCUGUACAUAACAGUGAGGCCCAUAGUAGAGGUGUCGGUGGUGGUGGUGGUGGCUUAACGACCAACACAACUACCGCUUCACAUCUGUACGGUAGCAGUGCCGAUGCGAAUGGAAUGUUGUGCAAUUCAUUAAGCGAGGGACCGAUGGGACGCCGGAGAGUAGUCAGUACGCUCACCAGCACAACCACAACAACGACGUCAAUGAUGCCUUCCGUGAUCACAUCCAACGUUGUUCAGCGGGCACCGAACCAGGGUGGCAGUGUACGAUCGGAGAAGGAUGCGGGAAGUUAAUAUCUGUUCGAUUCUGUUUCCACACAUUCUAUCGUUCGCUUUGUUCCUUGUGUUGUUCGUUCGCGUAUCUUCUCCAAUUCUUCCAAUGUUUUUUUACACAACAUUCGAUUUAUUCUUCCGAUGGGAUUUUUAUCUUCAAACUUACAUCCUUGGUUCGAUAUCCCUACCUGGGCUAAUAGGAUCCAAUGUGAUCGGUCCACUCGUGUACAGAACAAUGUCCCCCUGGGUAAUGGAAUAGCUCGCUGAAAACGGUGGAAAAACACGCAAAAGGUUUUUUUAUAAACUAACAAAAGAAAAUGUAGGAAAAACGUUAUCGAGCUGUAAUGAAUGUUGUAAUGUCUAGGUAGAUGUGGUUUGCCCGUAGCAUCGGGUUUACUGUACGUGUGGCUUGAGGACAACGGUUGGAAGCAGAGCGAACGACCUAAUCAUAUACGAAGGGGUACUAAGGUAUACAUAAAGUGCCGAUUGCUAGACUCAUACAGUUGGACAAGUCCCUUCAAACCUAGAGCUAUGGGAGCCGGCAGACUGCCUAGUGAUUCCCGGUUUUGAUGUGUUCUUUCUCAGGACUCUUCAUCACGGACCGGGUUGUACUCCACACGCAUCCCUAAGAAAAACUUCUUCGGUCCACAGCCGGUUGAGUCGAUCAUCUGCUUCUCAAUUGUUGCGAUGUUCUUUCCGGUUAUACUACUUCAUAUACUUCAAUGUAGCGAUCUUUUUCAAAAUUUGUGAUAGCUCCACGAGGGCUCAUUCCAUUGAGGACGUCUUUGACCACGAGGGAUUCUCUAUUUGAUGAUUACCGGUUACUUCAGGGAUUCCACGGAUAAAUUCUAAAAUAAGCUUAGAAUUUACCAUGUGAUCACUAGCCGUUAAAUUCAAUAAGAAUUUCACCGUGCGAAUGUGUACAGUGGGAAGAAAUGAUUGAAGUUGAUUUGAAGACGGGAGGUUGCCUCUGACCUCAAUUAACAGCCUUAGGCAAAAUUUUCCUGACUAUGCCUCAACAAUCCUAACUGACUGGCAGUCAGCCACGAUUUUUUAACCGAUUCGAUCGGUAUCUGAUUAUUUGACUUCAUUGUGAUCGUGCGACCGAAACUGUGACCGUUUUUUGCGCCUCCUGCUCCGUGUAGUUUGAAUUGCAGUUCCAACAUGCAUGCAGAUGCAUUCAAUGUUCUAAUUGUGUGUAUGCUUUAGUACAUUGAAGUUUAGUCCGGAGACUAGCACUGAUGUGAGUGAGGUAAAUUCCUAACGAACCGAACCGAACAGGAAGUCCCGUACGCAACCAACUCCAACCAACUCGGAAGGGAAUUUUAUGACCAAAACUCCCAAACACAAUUACUAGCAAAUAUGUUGAGCGAUGUUUCGCCAGAUUUAACGUAUCCAACCACCCUCCCCCAAACACACACACACAGAUAGGUUUAAGCUACUGUUUUCGUUGUAGGCUAGAUAUUGGAGAAGAAAAACGGGAGAGAGAAUGAGGGGAAAGUCAUCGUGAAAAGGAAAGAGGAAAGAUUUCGUAAUUUUUUUUUAAUUGUUUACACAUUCAGGACAGAUCCGAGAGGUCCGCGUGAUAUGUGGCUUUGGUUUGUUAGUAUAUGAAGGGCAGGUAAGGAAAACCAGCUCCCAAAAUUCAUACCGUGUAGGAUGUGCGUUUAACAAAGUCUCAUUACUGUAAUUUAUCCACAAUGAAAACGAAGGGCACGAGGCACGAAUGAUAUAGUUUUAUUGUUUUGUUUUAGAAUGAGAUGUAAGUGUGGCAAAUGCGAUAGAGGGUGAUGUGAUGUUUAAGCAAGUUGAUUUUGUUAAUGUUAGAUCGCUGCUUAAGUCAAAUACGCGGGGCUAGUAGGAGGUGCCGCGCUUCAUGAUCGGAGGAAAGGGCUGGAAAACAAACAAAAAAAAGCAGACCAACGGUACACAAAGAAACAAGUUACUGAUAAUGUAAGGUGUAUUUAGUAGAAUGGAACAAAGUUACUUUUUAUAUGUGUGUGUGCGUGUGUGAAUGUGUGUGCGUGCGUGUUAAAUCGGAAUGAGGAGGAUGUUUGAUUACAAUCAUCCUCUUAUCGCCUGCUGCAUAGUAUUGCGACAGACGGGGACGGAUGUGCAAAUGCAAACGAAACGAAAAAAACAAAAACCCCUGGUCAAUUCCAGAUUUGUAGGCGUUAAAAAAUGAUGAAGAAGAGAAAACAACCAGCAACAACAAAAAAAAAGCUACGCGACAUAUGAUGUACUAAAAAGCAUUCUGUGCCACGUCAGUUUGGAUAAGAAGCCACGAAAAAACGAGACAAAAAAAUGAUUAUGAUAUUUAUUAUAACACGUUUGCCCGGAUUCAACUGAAGAGAAACAGGAACCAUGGUCCCAUAGGAACAUGUGGAAAUAGCAGCGAAUAAAAAAAAAACACACACACCCUAUACACCAAUAGAGAGACAGAGGGCGUAGCAUCAGAGGACGGUGGUCAGCAAAGGAGCAGUGUAAGGGUAAUUCUGUGGGAUAUUUCUACACCUAAUAUUAUUAGCGUUACGAUCACACCGGUACGAUAUUUUCAAGCAAAAUGUUAGUUAAAACUGAUCAGUUUUAGUGAUUAUGUUCCCGCUUUCCCAUUCAAUGACGCAACCCGGAAACCAACCAACAUGACGCUGCAGCCUUGGUAGCGCUUGGCAUUGCCGAUAAUCCAACUUGCAAAUCCAACCAUGCUACGAAUGAAUAAUUUCCUGUUCCGCUCCACUAGUCGCAGCAGAAAAAGAAACAAAAAACAAACACAUUUAACAGUUCCAGUUUUUUCUGUUCCAUUAUUUAAAUUGCAAAACUUCAUACACACGCAGGCAAGUUCAAUUCAGUAUGCAAACGCAACCAAAAAAAAAAAAGAAAAGAAAAGAAAACGCAACGCGGAAAUUUAACAACACUCACGAAAUGGGGGAUGAAAAAUAAACCACAAUACAACCAAUUGAAGAUUGAA